AUGCCGCAUCCUCGCCGCCCACCGCUCGCCGGACUCUUCGCCACCAUCGUGAGCCUCCACAGCCUCGACGAGCUCAUUCUGCACGAAGACGAGGCGUAUACGAUCGCUUCAAAACAGAGUGCUACCAACGUCAUUACCUACCGGAUUCUCGUCGACAAUGGCGCCGAGCGCUGGCUGGUCCCCAAGCGCUUCUCCGAGUUUUACGCCUUUCGACGGACGCUACUGCGCCUUUGCGCCGCCAGCAUCUGCGACUGCCACGCGCUGCACUCGGCGCUCGCGGCCGUGCUCUUCCCAAGCAAGCACGAGCGGUUCUGGUGCAGCGCAGAGACGGUCGCGAUCGCGCGCCGAGACCGCCUCGACCAUUUUCUCUUUGUCAUGCUCUCGAUCCUCCAGAGUCCGCACCACUUGACCGACUGCGAGCUCGCGCUCUGCCCCGUCCUCACGUGCAUCAAAACCUUCCUCCACGUCGACCCAAGCGCACGAAAAGAGCUCACGGCGCUGCCGCCGCGCCGCGCACCGUCGACGACGUUGACGCAUCGGAGCUCGAGUCUUGGUCUCCCGCGACGAUCGAGCGGAAUGGUCUAA